CAUGUGAGCAGGUAGACGCACUCCGGAGAGUCCCUUCAUGAGAGAGACGACUCUUUUAAGCAAAUCUACUGCGAGCCAGUCGCAUUCAAUAACUACUGAAUACUUGAACGGAUCUCUGCAGGGAGUUAAACGAUUCUACUGUUGCUGAAGGAGACGAGUUGUCCUGCCAUGGAAACACAGAGAGAAACACAAAGGCCCAAUAAUGGCCAGUUGAUUUCUGUGCCUCACAAGGACACAAUCCGUCUGCUGGAGGUGUACGUCAAGCGCAGCCUCAGCGUAAAUGACGGGACACUGGGGAAUAAGAGGGCUGAGGGGAAAGAAAAGUGGGUGACAAUGCCAAGAAAGCAAAGACGACAUUCCAGUGACCCUUCCCUUCACUUGGCCGGGGAAUUAAAUGGCGAGGAAAUUGGAACAUUUUCUGCGGUCGAAGCUCCCACAAACCAUCCUGAGACGCGUCCUGAAGAAUCAGUGAAACCCACCAAAAAAUCAAAGAAGAACAAGAAGUCCUCAUUUUGGAAAAGUUUAGUUGGUAUUUUCUAUAGGAAGAAUAACGAGGAGAAAGAUGAAGAGCAGGACAGUCCAUCAGAGGUCCCAGAGGUCUGCCAAGCAGAAGUGGCCUCAGACACUGUGACCACCUGCCUGCCCACAACUCCAGUCACAAAAAGAAAGCCCUCAAGAAGAAACUCCUUAAAAAGAAGGUUCUCCAAAAGGCGGCUAUCUCUGACAAAACCAAAUAAAUCUGGUAAAGAUCGCAACCCUGCUGACAUCACCCGAGUUGAAGCUGUCGUCAGUGUGGAAUCGACAUACUCUUACUAUGAAAAGGUGUCAGAGGAACUGGAAAGAAUUGUCCACGAGGUCCAAGAGAAAGAGGAAGUUGAACGGCUCUCUGAUGAGGAAGUCAUCAACAGGAUCAUUGCUCUGACGAAGCAGCAGGGUGAUGCCAUAGAGGACAAGUUGAAAGAUAACCCCACCCUGAACAACUUCUUCCAGCGGAUGUCGUACUCUUCCUUCCAGACGUUGGCUGAUGCGUAUCUGGAGAAAGAAGCAUCGCCGAUCCACAAUCCUCCCACUGUCCUACCAACAGCACCUGAGCUGGUCAAGUUGGCCUUUACGUACGACUUUACUGCCAGGAUAGCCGGUCUCUCCAAACAGAAUAUAGGUCACAUUACUGGCCUGGGCAACCGUUAUCUACAGGACCGAUUUGAAUACAGACAGGCAUCCACGGUCCGACAGUGAUGACUGAGAGGCAUCCAUAACAAAACAAAAACAACCCCAUUGCUGCAAGUGAAACAUUUACUCUUCAACUUUUCUCAGCUGCACAGAUGUGGUUAAGGAUGUGUUGCAAGCAUGAAUUCCCCUUUACAAACAUGUUAUUUUAAGAACACAAUGGGCUACCUAACACACAUUUUAACCUGUUGAAUGGCUUUGGUAGAUUUGAGUGUGCUAUUCUAAGGUGAAGUGUUUACUGAUGACCUUCACGUGGAAGAUCAGCUCUUAAAACAUGUAGCAAUAUUUCAGAAUCACAAAUAGCUGAUUCUUCAAGCUAAAAAUGUGAUUCUCUUUUUACAAAUCUACCAUUGAAUUUGAUACUUUCUGUACAUUGAUUUGUAAUAAUACAAAAGAGCAAUGCAAUAACCUUUGAUGUAUAUGAGCCAGACACCUCUGUGCAAUAUAUAUAUAUAGUUGGUUUUUUUUUUUUACAUUUCUAGGAUUUCAAAAUGAGCAAAACCUUAUUUAAUAGAAGCUACAAUGAAAUGCUGUUUGUUGAUAUGAAUGCUGGCAUUCAUAUUAUACACUCAAAUUAAAUAUAUUUAACUUGA